AAUUUAAUGGAAAAUUGUUAGUAUUGGAUCGCGUCUUCGUGUUGGCAUUGUCAACUGAGACGAAGCUCCAACAGCAACACACAACACAGUAACAAUGGAAAACGCCGACGUGUUUUUGGGUUUACACGACUUCCUCGAGCGCAUGCGCCAACCCGCCGCCGCCGAUUUCGUCAAAGCAAUCAAAAGUUUCAUAGUUUCGUUUUCAAAUAAUGGUCCCGAUCCUGAUAGAGACAGUAGCGCCGUACAAGACUUCCUUGCCAAUAUGGAAGCUGCUUUCAAAGCUCAUCCACUUUGGUCCGGUUGCUCUGAGGACGAGCUUGAAAGUGCUGGUGAAGGUCUUGAGAAGUAUGUCAUGACGAAGUUGUUUGCCCGUGUAUUUGCUUCAGUUCCUGAUGAUGUAAAACUUGAUGACCAACUUUCAGAGAAGAUGUCUCUGAUUCAACAGUUUAUUCGACCAGAAAAUUUGGACAUCAAGCCAACAUUUCAGAAUGAAACAUCAUGGUUGCUUGCACAGAAAGAAUUACAAAAGAUCAACAUGUACAAGGCACCCAGAGACAAACUUAUCUGUAUCCUAAACUGUUGCAAGGUUAUUGGCAACUUGCUGCUUAAUGCUUCUGUUGCUUCCAAAGAUAGUCCUCCUGGAGCUGAUGAAUUUCUUCCUGUGCUAAUUUAUGUUACCAUAAAGGCAAACCCUCCUCAACUGCACUCAAAUCUACUGUACAUACAAAGGUUUAGACGUGAUUCUCGUUUGGUUGGGGAAGCAUCGUAUUAUUUUACAAACAUGCUUUCUGCUGAAUCCUUCAUCUCAAACAUUGAUGCAAAAGCCAUUUCAAUGGAUGAAACCGAGUUUGAGAGAAACAUGGAAUUUGCUCGUGCUCUUCUUUCAGGGCUUUCAGUUGAUACGCAAGAUCCCAAUUCACCUUAUCAAAAUUAUGGACAGCAUCCAAGAGCAGACAGAAAUAAAGCUUUGAAUGACAAUAAGGACCCUGCACUACGAACUCCACCAUCUGUUGCAAAAUUAGAAAGUAAGAAAGUGACUUUUGCAGAUGAAUCAUUGAUAACAAAAGUUCCAUCCCUCUCAGAUUUGGAGAAUAAAGGGGCAAGUAUGAUAAUAAAGGAGGAUAAGUUGAAUGAUGUUUUCAGGGAUUGUCCAUACUUGUUUGCUAGUGCUGGUGAUCUAACAAUAGAUGACGUCGAAGACCUGCUAAAUAAUUACAAACAAUUAGUUUUCAAGUAUGUGUGUCUUUCCAAAGGGUUAGGUAUCAAUUCUACAUCUCAUCUUCCAUCCAAUCCUCAAAGUAAUGCUCAGGACCAUUCUGAAGCCCUUUUCAAAGGGUUAGCCGUUGCUUCUUCACAUCAUCUUCCAUCCAAUUCUCAGAAUAAUGCUCAGGACCAUUCUGACACCACAAUAGAUUCUUCAGACGGUGGACCUGUAGCUUCCAAUGACAAAUCAGAAAAAUCUAGAGAUACAUUAGAAGAUAACUCAGUUCCUGAGGAGAAAAAAAGUGAUUCAAGUUUGCCACAAAAUGAAGCAGUUGCACAGCUAGAGGCAGUUGCACCAGAGGAUGGUGCCCUCUCGUGACUGAUAGGAACUAGCUACAAUCCAUUUUUUCUCAUCAUAUACUCCUGCAUUUUUUUUCACUCGUGCUCAUGUAAAUUUAUUUUAUAUUUUCCCUUGUGUGGUACCGGUAACUGUCUUUUGAUAGGGAUGGCAAUACCAUGACCACUAUGCCCUCUGUAACAUUAUUCUUAAACAUAUUUUAUAAUUGCUAUAUUAGAAAUUUUGCAUUUGGUUAUGCAAUGGAUGAAAAAGAAUGCGAAGAGACAAA